UAUAAUGCACAUGCACAAACAAAGAUUAUAGUGCGAAUGGGACGUAUGUAUAGCUAAUGGAGCUCCACAAAACACAAAACUCAUUCGGUAUCAGAACGCGAAGAAGUCAAGUCUUUAUGCUAAAGUUAUUGUGAGUGAACGGAGUGAACGAACGAAACCCAUUUUUACAGACAACUAAUAUAAUGGGUGGCCGUGGAAAGCGUGGAAAGCCAACAACAAAUACUCGUUCAGGAGCUGGACGUGGUAAUGCUCCGCCAGCACAAUUUAAUCCUGCUCCUACUCCGGCACAAUCAGCAUGGGGAAGGUCUGCACCCGCAUCUGCACCAGCACGAGCACCUACACAAUCGGCAUGGGGAGCACCAGCACCUGCACCAAUUCCAACUCAAUCACCAUGGGGAAGACCAGCGCCUGCAGCACCGACGCAGUCGGCCUGGGGACAGCCUUCUCCAGCAUCCACACCAAAUCCAGUAAAUACCAAUUCAUCGUCUCGAUCAGCAGCAGAGUCUAGAAGCGAUCCAAGGCCUCGAGAUCAGCCACUUCAACCGCAACAGCAGGAUGGGGCACAACAACAGCCUCGUCAGCAAGGAACACAGCAACAACCGCGUCAGCAAGGAUCACAGCAACAACCGCGUCAGCAAGGAUCACAGCAACGAGAACCACGCACAUCCGUUGGCUAUAAUGGUACUGCAAAAAGAGUGGAUCGCGGAUCAGUAAGAGACAGACAGAUCUUGUAUCCAGACCUAGUUGUUACCAAAAACGAAGGCGUUACUAAGCAAGGAAAGACUGGACAGGUGGUUUCCUUAACGACCAAUCAUUUCCGUCUUAUCAAAAGACCGGAUUGGCAACUGUACCAAUACCGAGUGGAUUUCAGUCCGCUGAUAGAGCUACAAGGUUUCAUGAAUAAAUUGAUUAAAGAACAGAAAGCCCAUUUGGGUGGAUAUUUGUUUGAUGGAACGAUCCUAUUCCUGUCCAAGAAGUUGCAUAACGACGUCACUGAGUUUAUGUCGAAGGAUCGUGAUGACAAUCCAAUUCAAAUAAAAGCGAAAUUUGUUAAAUUGAUUUCCAUGUUAAAUGGUGAAUCAAUCCAAAUAUUGAAUUUGAUCUUGCGGCGAAGUAUGGCAGCAUUAAAACUACAGCUAGUUGGACGUAAUUUUUUCGAUGCCCUCGCAAAGAUUGAUAUGGCAUUGUAUCAUCUGCAAUUGUGGCCGGGCUAUGAGACAUCCAUUCGACAACAUGAAACCGAUAUUUUGUUGUGUGCCCAAGUAACGACUAAAGUCAUGCGCACCGAAACCGUCCUCACAAUCAUUCAUAGGCUUUGGGGAAUUUCGGAUUUCAAAACAAGAUGCAUUGAAGCUGUUGUUGGAAAGAUUGUGUUAACAGAAUACAAUAACCAAACCUACUUUGUGGAUGAUAUCGCAUUCGAAUCGUCUCCAAUGGACACAUUUAAUACAAAAACAGGGGAAAAAACAUACAUUGAAUAUUAUAAAGAGAAAUACGGCUUGAAGAUCAACUAUCCGAACCAGCCGAUGUUGGUUAUUAAAUCGAAAGCUCGCAGUAUUAGAGGCGGUGAACCAGAUCAGAUUUAUUUGGUUCCGGAAUUAUGCCGAGCAACAGGUUUCACCGAUGAGAUGCGAAAUAAUAGACGCUUGAUGGAAGAUGUGGCAAUACAUACACGAUUGAGUCCGGGUGAGCGCAUCAAAAAGCUAAUGGAUUUCAAUAAACGACUUCAGUCGACCAAAGAAAGUGUGGAUAACUUUGAACAGUGGAAUUUCCGAUUAGACACACAAUUGGUUCAGCUCAACGGUCGUCAGCUGCCGAUGGAACCAAUUUUCUUUGCUAACGGACAAAAAGUCGUAAACGACGAUUGGUCGACUGGCUUCCGCAAAUUGUCUAUGUAUAGUCAACAACCGCUAAAAAACUGGGUUUUAAUUGUACCUAGGACUAAAGUCAAAGAAGCUCGAGACUUCAUAGGUAUUUUAAAAGAUGCAGCGACCGGAAUGGGAUACGAAAUCCAAAACCCAAUCUGGGUUGAAAUUGCAGAUGAUUUUGGUAGAUCUUACGUAAAUGCUAUAGAAACGUCACUAAACAGAGAUCCGCAGCUUGUUAUGUGCAUAAUGCAAGGUCUCUACUCUGACAAAUACACCGCGAUCAAAAAGAAAUGUUGUGUGGAAAGGGCGGUUCCAUCUCAGGUCAUGCUCAGCAGGACGAUUACUCCAAAACAUGGUAAACCAUUAAGUACGCUAAUGACCGUUGGUACAAAAGUGGCAAUCCAAAUCAACGCCAAGUUAGGUGGAGCACCAUGGAUGGUCAAUAUACCUGUAUCAGGAAUAAUGGUGGUCGGAUUUGAUGUGUGCCAUGACACCAAUGAUAAAAGCAAAUCAUAUGGUGCACUCGUUUCUACGAUGGAUAUGAAGACAUCAGCGAGCUACUUUUCAGCGGUUUCAGCGCAUACAAAUGGCGAAGAGUUGUGCAAUUCGUUCGCUUUGCAUAUGGCAAAGGCAGUACAAUGUUACGGAACGACUCACGGAGUUUUACCGCAGAGGAUUUUUAUUUACCGCGAUGGUGUUGGAGAGGGUCAGACCGACUAUGUUCGUGAACAUGAGAUCAAAGCCGUGAAAGCCCAAUUGGAUAAGAUGUAUAAAGGUGCACCGUACAAUUUACUCUUUGUCGUCGUGUCGAAGAGAAUCAACACUCGUUUCUUCAGAGGUACAUCAAAUCCGAAUCCGGGAACAGUUGUUGAUGACGUUGUAACAUUGCCGGAACGGCACGAUUUCUUCAUGAUUUCGCAGAAAGUCAGACAGGGCACCGUUAGUCCAACCAAUUAUAAUAUCCUUUAUAAUACGUCCGGACUAUCAUCGGAUGAUAUUCAGAAGUUUACGUACAAAAUGACGCAUCUGUACUACAAUUGGACGUCAACUUUGGCUGUGCCAGCUGUAUGCCAAUACGCGCAUAAAUUAGCGUUCCUCGUGGGUACCUUUAUCCAUCAAUCACCGUCGCAUUUAUUGGAAAAGCAAUUGUAUUUCCUUUGAGUUACGAAUGUGUUCCAGGCCAACAUUUUCUUUUUAAAUUCUUUUCUUUUACAAAUUUUUUUGUAAUGCAACUCGCAACGACAGUUCACCAACCACUGGGAUUUGUUUCACGAGUCACAUUUGGUUUGUAAUCGGCCAUACAUCAUUUUUGUCGUGGUAUUUUUCUUCAAAUUUACGCAUUACACGUGAUGUUUAAGUUUAAGUUGUGUCUCAUUCAAUUCAUUUUAUUCUUUACAAUUUUAAUUUUUAUUCUAUUUUAACUCAAAUAAUUUCAGAUUUCAUAUUUAAUUUUUUUUAAAUCUCUCAACACCAAUUGUUACUAUAAAGAUCGGUAGAGUAAGCCAAAAAUGUUCGAAUAUUUUUUUUAAUUAAAUUUUUUUA